AUGUACUGUCUGAAGGCCCUGUGUAUUAACAUGUACUGUCUGAAGGCCCUGUGUAUUAACAUGUACUGUCUGAAGGCCCUGUGUAUUAACACGUACUGUCUGAAGGCCCUGUGUAUUAACAUGUACUGUCUGGAGGCCCUGUGUAUUAACAUGUACUGUCUGGAGGCCCUGUGUAUUAACAUGUACUGUCUGAAGGCCCUGUGUAUUAACAUGUACUGUCUGAAGGCCCUGUGUAUUAACAUGUACUGUCUGAAGGCCCUGUGUAUUAACAUGUACUGUCUGAAGGCCCUGUGUAUUAACAUGUACUGUCUGAAGGCCCUGUGUAUAAACACAUACUGUCUGAAGGCCCUGUGUAUUAACACGUACUGUCUGAAGGCCCUGUGUAUUAACAUGUACUGUCUGAAGGCCCUGUGUAUUAACACGUACUGUCUGAAGGCCCUGUGUAUUAACAUGUACUGUCUGAAGGCCCUGUGUAUUAACAUGUACUGUCUGAAGGCCCUGUGUAUUAACAUGUACUGUCUGGAGGCCCUGUGUAUUAACAUGUACUGUCUGGAGGCCCUGUGUAUUAACAUGUACUGUCUGGAGGCCCUGUGUAUUAACAUGUACUGUCUGAAGGCCCUGUGUAUUAACAUGUACUGUCUGGAGGCCCUGUGUAUUAACAUGUACUGUCUGGAGGCCCUGUGUAUUAACAUGUACUGUCUGAAGGCCCUGUGUAUUAACAUGUACUGUCUGAAGGCCCUGUGUAUUAACAUGUACUGUCUGGAGGCCCUGUGUAUUAACAUGUACUGUCUGAAGGCCCUGUGUAUUAACAUGUACUGUCUGGAGGCCCUGUGUAUUAACAUGUACUGUCUGAAGGCCCUGUGUAUUAACACGUACUGUCUGAAGGCCCUGUGUAUUAACAUGUACUGUCUGGAGGCCCUGUGUAUAAACACAUACUGUCUGGAGGCCCUGUGUAUUAACAUGUACUGUCUGAAGGCCCUGUGUAUUAACAUGUACUGUCUGAAGGCCCUGUGUAUUAACAUGUACUGUCUGAAGGCCCUGUGUAUUAACACGUACUGUCUGAAGGCCCUGUGUAUUAACACGUACUGUCUGAAGGCCCUGUGUAUUAACACGUACUGUCUGAAGGCCCUGUGUAUUAACACGUAUUAA